AUGUCUAGAAUCUGUGAACAUCCAUUCUGUACUCGUUUAAUAUCAUCAAUAUGUUUAAAUCAUUGUCAAUUAGAUUUAUGUCAAGAACAUAUAAUUGAACAUAAAGAUUUAUUUCUUGCUCAAUAUGAAAAAUCAUUUAAUAAACUUAGUCAAUCAUUAAAUGAAAUAAUUAAUUCAAUUGAAGAAAAUAAAAAUAAUCUUAAUAAUAAUUAUCAAAAAGAUAUUUAUCUUGUUAAUGAAAAUUAUAAAAAUAAAUUAAAUGAACUUGAAAAAGAAUAUCAAUUUAUUAUUUCAACACAAAAAUUAAUAAAACAAAAAUUUCAACUUUUAAAUGAUGUUAAAAAUGGUCAAACUUUUCUAUAUCAAUAUGAUAUUGAACAAAUUAAAUUAUAUGUAAGAAAAAUUCAUGAAUAUUAUCAUAAUAAAAUUAUAAAAGAAAAGUAA